AUGCGCCGCAGCAUUUUGGCCAAAAACAUAUAUGAACUCUGGGGCCAGGGAGAUACCUACGACCUGCUGAGAGCAGAUGUACGCCACCGCACAGAGUCCAGAUGGCCCGAUUAUAAGACGGUUUCCUUUAAAUUUCACGUGGACACUUAUGCAUCAACUCGAACAGCAAAGGAGAGGAACGAGAUCAUCGAGUCCUUUUCAUUUUUGGCCUUUGAGGGACCCAUAAAGAUGGUUGAUGCCGACGAGAAAUUCUGUGUAUUUGAAGAGUUCGCUCACCAACUUGCUUCUUCAGGAAAUCCAAAAACACAUACUGAGCCGGUACUCAAACGUAUCUACCUCGGUCGAUGGGUUACAGAGGGUGGCCGGACGGAGAUCAACACUUAUAACUUGAAGAAACGCAAGUAUAUCAGUACUACUUCCAUGGAUGCAGAGCUCAGUUUGAUAUCCGCCAACAUGACGCAUGCAGCGCCAGGAAAGUUGUUUUAUGACCCCUUUGUGGGAACAGGGAGUUUUCUCGUGGCCGCUGCUCAUUUUGGAGCAGUGACCUGCGGAUCUGAUAUUGACGGGCGCAGCUUUCGUGGGAAAGAGGCUACUUCCAACACUGAAACUGGAGUCAUAGCGAACUUCAAACAAUAUGGACUGCUAUCCAGAUUCCUGGACACAUUUACUUCCGAUUUGACAAACACACCUCUUCGAAGCACCCGUAUAUUUGAUGGGAUUAUAUGCGACCCACCAUAUGGUGUACGAGAAGGGCUGAGAGUCCUAGGGCAUAAGGAUGAUAGUCGAAAGGGAGAACUGAUGAUGUUCCAGGGCGUUCCAUCGUACAAGUAA